AGUCACAAUGUAGGCGGGUAUUAUUUAUGUGUCCGUAUCGCUGUACGCUCCCUAUAUUUGUAUCGCAAACAAUUGUAAUUUUAUUGAGAACAAAUGUGUUGUAACAAACAGUUCAUAAUCAGCUGUUGUUAGAUCUAGAAGUGAAAUUGAAGCAGAAGAGUUAAAUGUUAGGUUAGUUAAAAAAAGUGAUUUUAAAAUGGCUGCAGUAAAUCCAAACGAUGAAGAGAGGUAUCGUGAAGAAACAACGAGGGAACCGACUGAAGAGGAACCUCUACAGCAAAAUGAAGCAAAAGCACCUACGCUCAGUUUUAGUGAAAAAUUGGUUGACGUAUUCAAAAAUAUAACCUUAGAGCCAAGCUUAUUGUUAUUCGUGGUAUCGGCGAUGAUCAUAGUGACUGCCUCACAAAAUCUCAACCUUGAAAAGGCAUGUCGUGUAAACCUCAACUUUACAGACGAAAUCUGUGAUUCGCUGAAGUCACAAAACAUUGAAAGCCAAAACGAGUAUGAAAGAGAAACACAGAAGUUACUAUCAAGAGCCAUGUCAUGGAAGACUUACCUUUCAGCUACAAUUCCAUGCAUUUUAGCUCUUUUUGUGGGAUCAUUCUCCGACAAAACUGGUCACAGAAAGUUUUUCAUUGCCAUAUCCAUCAUUGGUCAAUUGCUCAUCGGUAUCAACAAUAUGAUCAAUGUGUAUUUCUUUCGUGAACUGACAUUGGAGGUCCUGGUUUUCUCUGAAGCCAUUAUUGAGGGGUUAUCUGGCGGAUGGUGUAUUUGCUUCUUGACGGCUUUUGCAUUUAUCAGUUCUAUUACAACGGAUGAGAACAGGACUUUUAGGUUAGGACUGGUUAGCUUUAGUGUGACGGUGGCUUUCCCUAUAGGAAUGGGUGUUAGUGGUGUUCUCUUAAAGAACUUUGGUUACUACGGAUGCUACGGUUUGACGACGUGCUUACAAUUGAUCAACUUGUUGUAUAUCAUUUUGGUAGUAAAGGAUCCGAAGAGAAAUCCUGAACAGAAAAAGCAUGAUCGUCAAAACUGCUGCCACUUCUUCCGAGUUCUAUUCGACUUCAGGAAUGUCAGGGACACCCUGAGCGUGCUGUUUAAAAAGGCUCCUAAGAACAGAAGAGUACGCCUUUGUGUUCUUCUUGGAGUCGUCAGCGUUCUUUUUGGACCUAUGUAUGGUGAAAUAUCAGUUAUGUACAUGAACACGAGGUACAGAUUCAAUUGGGAUGAAGUGAAGUUCAGCAUUUUCCAGACUUACAACUUUAUCACCCACACUAUUGGUACAAUAUUCUCCAUACUAGUGCUGUCCAAGUACCUGCAAUGGCACGACUCCUUGCUGGGUAUCGUGUCAACUUUGAGCAAGAUCGCCUCGUCCUUCGUCUACUGUUUUGCACCGAAUGAGAAAAUAUUUUAUCUUGCACCGUUAGUUGAAAUUCUGAAUGGAACUUCUCUGCUGGCUAUGAGGUCAAUAAUCUCCAAAUUGGUUGAACCUGAUGAAUUAGGUAAAGUGAAUUCGCUAGUGGGUAUGGUGGAAACCCUGAUGCCUCUGAUCUACGUGCCUCUAUAUACCAGGGUAUAUGCUGCUACCAUGGAGGUACUGCCUGGUGCUGUGUUCCUCUUAGGAGCCAGUAUGACGCUCCCAGCUGUGGUUGUACUCUUCUGGUUAUUCUACGAACACAGGAAAAAUGUCAGGAAAGAAAAGAAAAUGGCGAAGUAUCCGGAUUAAUGAAGAAUUAUUAUCUUGUAGUUAGUGAAUAAAUUAAGUAUAAAUAUAGUCUAGGUAGUCAAUCUAGAUAUUAAUAGAUUUAAAUUGUUGUGUUAUAAGUAGGUAUAUAAAGUUGCGCCUGUACCUUAAUUUUGGAAUUUAAAUUAUACUUUUUUAAAUAA